AUCCUGUACAACUGCUCAAGAGUCAAGACAUAACUCAAAGGUUCAAUGUCUAGUAAUGUUUUUCCUUCCAUCUUGUUCCUUCUCUUGCUGCUCGUCUCAGCUGCACAAUCUGACGUAGUUAUAAAUACUUUGAACCUUUGCACAUUCAAAAUAUGGCUGGCCUCCAGUCCAUCUGGUGCCGAUUUCGAAAGUGAGAGUUCACCAGGCAGCACAGAUAUAAUCAUCCUCCCUGAUACAUGGAAGGGCAGCAUUUGGGCGCGCACCAAAUGCUCGACCAAUGCCUCCAAUUACUUCUCCUGCGAGACCGGAGACUGCGGCUCUGGCAAAGACUAUUGCCGCGAUCCACCACCCACUUAUCCGGUCACCUUACUCAACUUAGACCUCAACAAAAAAACCGUACUCUCCUACGAGGUGAGCCUGAACCACGGCUUCAAUAUUCCGAUUCGGUUUGAACCAUUGGACGGGACUUUAUUCGGCGGGGACAGAAAAUGUCCUGUUGUCGAUUGCAUUGCAGACAUUAGCAAUGUCUGCCCUUCUUUCUUGGUGGCGAAAAAUCAAAACGGGGCGUAUGUCGGGUGUUACAGCGCCUGUGAUGCGUUGAAGGAUCCUAAAUAUUGCUGCACCGGUAAAUUUACCGGCCCGGAUUGCCAGCCGAAUGAAUAUUCAAAGACAUUUAAAGAUUUGUGCAAUUUGGCUCACACUUACCCGGGAGAUAAUGACCCUCCGACGUAUAAAUGUAGCGAGGGUACUAGCUUCAAUAUAACUUUUUGUGCAUUCUAAUAAUUUUACCUGCAAAUAUAAAACGCUGUCCGGGACGUAGCCGGAAAAUCAAUU